GGUAAGGUACGGUGGCAGGACUUUGACCAAGAUGCUUAUGUUGGUGUAACUGUAGUGAGACCUGGUCAGGAUGCUUAUGCACGCAACAAAUUUAAUCAAGUGGAAAGUGACAAACUGCACAUGGACAGAAAUGUUCCUGAUACAAGACAUGACCAAUGCCGAAGAAAGCACUGGAAAACAGAUUUACCAUCCACAAGUGUUGUCAUAACAUUUCAUAAUGAGGCCAGGUCUGCCUUACUCCGCACUGUUGUAAGUGUGUUAAAAAAAAGUCCUCUUCAUCUUAUAAAGGAAAUUAUACUAGUUGAUGAUUACAGUGAUAGUGCUGAAGAUGGUGCUCUGCUUGGGAGGAUAGAGAAAGUUCGGGUCCUUAGGAAUGACCGCAGAGAAGGUCUUAUGCGUUCUCGUGUUAAAGGAGCAGAUGCAGCUCAGUCCAAGGUUCUCACCUUCCUUGAUAGCCAUUGUGAGUGUAAUGAGCAUUGGUUGGAACCCCUCCUCGAAAGAGUUGCUGAGGAUAAAACUAGAGUUGUAUCUCCAAUAAUUGAUGUGAUUAAUAUGGACAACUUUCAAUAUGUUGGGGCAUCGGCAGAUUUAAAAGGAGGAUUUGACUGGAACCUGGUUUUCAAGUGGGACUAUAUGACUCCAGAACAAAGGAGAGCAAGACAAGGAAAUCCAGUAGCCCCCAUUAAAACGCCAAUGAUUGCUGGUGGGCUGUUUGUAAUGGACAAGUCAUACUUUGAAGAGCUGGGAAAAUAUGAUAUGAUGAUGGAUGUUUGGGGAGGUGAAAAUCUAGAGAUUUCAUUCCGAGUAUGGCAGUGUGGUGGAAGUCUGGAAAUAAUUCCUUGCAGUAGAGUGGGACAUGUAUUUCGAAAACAGCAUCCAUAUACAUUUCCAGGAGGAAGUGGAACAGUGUUUGCCAGGAAUACACGCAGGGCAGCAGAGGUUUGGAUGGAUGAAUACAAGAAUUUUUACUAUGCAGCUGUGCCCUCUGCUAGAAAUGUACCUUAUGGAAAUAUUCAGAGCCGCACAGAGCUGAAGAAAAAACUGGGCUGCAAACCUUUCAAGUGGUAUUUGGAGAAUGUAUAUCCAGAACUCAGAGUUCCUGACCAUCAGGACAUUGCGUUCGGAGCCUUACAGCAAGGAACAAACUGUCUUGACACAUUGGGCCAUUUUGCAGAUGGAGUUGUGGGCGUCUAUGAAUGUCAUAAUGCAGGGGGUAACCAAGAAUGGGCUCUUACAAAAGACAAGUCGGUUAAACACAUGGAUCUUUGUCUUACUGUUGUGGACCGAGCACCAGGCUCUCUUAUAAAACUUCAAGGCUGCAGAGAAAACGACAGUAGACAAAAAUGGGAACAAAUUGAAAAUAACUCCAAACUGAGGCAUGUCGGAAGUAACUUUUGCCUAGACAGUCGGAAUGCCAAAAAUGGUGGUCUAACAGUAGAAGCAUGCAGUCCUUCUUUAUCACAGCAGUGGAAAUUUUCACUCAAUCUGCAACAGUAG